UUCGAAGCAUCAAACAAACCCACAAAUCUGAAGCUUCUGCUGCUGCUGCUGCUGCUGCUUCUUCUCCAUGGCCCAACAAGCUCUCCUCCGCCCCUUCUCUCUCCCAACGAACGCUGUGGCGAAACCCACCAAGCAUGGCGCUUCUCCAAGGCCCCGCCCCACGUUUUCCACUCUCGCUGGGACCUUUAAGAGUGGCUCUCCCCAUGUCUUUUGGAUUACUUUGACCAAAAGGAAAAUUGAAUCUCGGGCGGCAUCUAUUUCCAUAAGGUGUGAGCAGGGCGCGAAGCAGGAUAAUGGUUUGGAUGUGUGGCUUGGUCGUCUCGCAAUGGUUGGGUUCGCGACUGCAAUAACUGUCGAAAUAAGCACCGGGAAAGGUCUACUAGAGAAUUUCGGGUUCACGGCACCGUUACCUACUCUAGCGUUGGCGGUUACGGCGUUGGUCGGAGUUCUCGCAGCAUUCUUCAUCUUCCAAUCUGCUUCUCGAGAAUGAGCAACUCUUUAAAGUGUCAUGUAUGUGUUUCAUUCUCAAAGGUAUUAUUCUACACACACUUCAACUGGAGUUUUUGGUUUUCUUUUCUUUUUUAGUGUCUUGUGUUGGAAGGAGCAUGUUUAUUUGGAAACAGAUGCAAAAUUACUAAUCUCUCAAUCUGUGCUGUUACAAACUGUAAUUCUAGUUUUAUGUAUAAUCGGUAAUUACGAAUUCAGUUCCUUUGGUUU